CAGCUUUAAAUCUCACAUAAGAAUCCAAGAGUCUUUAUAGAGAAAAUAUUUUAAAAUGUUGCUCUUAUACGCAAGUCUCUGAACUGUUUUACCUAGAUUGAGAAAUUGCACUAGUAUUUAUUUAUAUAGUUAGUGUUGCAUCCGUUAAGCACCAGUCAGGGUUGUACGGCGGCUUUAAUGAGAUGUGAAGAUGAACAGUGAGAAUCAAGCACUAGAUUUAUGCAAGGAUGCCCAAACUGCAGCACUCACCACAGAGGAAAUUAUUCCACGUAAUAGUAGUCUUCAAUUCAUGGACAGGGAAGCAGGUAAGGUGGACGAUAUGGAUAUUGAAGCUACUGACAAUGCUGUUCCAGCAGGACUAACGGACUGUCAAGCAGGACACAAAGAUAAGGAAGGCCUGUUUAGUCAGAACAACAAUGGAACCGCCGUUGCACCUGCAACAACUGUUCCGAACAUUUCUGCAAAGCAAAAUACCACAGUGCUGGAAAUGCAGGGAUCACGUUUUUCUCUUCGUAACGCAGCAGACGACGAGGACAUGGACAUUGGUGUGGACUUGAGUUUGGAUGAAAGCGGAGUUCUGGAGCCAGAUCCAGCGGCCGUGCAAGAGGACUGUGUUUCUGGCUGUGCCAGUGCGAAGUUAACCUUCCACACACACAAAGAUUUGGGCAGGUCUUUAGAAACAGGUGCUGAUGGGAUGCACUUGAGUUUUACAAGCGCAGAGUUGCCAUCCCCAGCUCAGGAAGCAGCAGCAGUACAUAAACCGGGAACCAAGAGGGUCACAUUUCCCUCGGAUGAGGAUAUUGUGUCUGGAUCGGUUGAGCCGAAGGACCCCUGGAGACAUGCCAUGAAUGUGACAGUGGAGGAGAUUUUAAAUGCCUACAGACAAGCCUGCCAGAAACUCAGCUGCAAGCCCAAUCCUAAAGUGCUCCAGCAGAUUCAGAACUUGACAGACCUGACUCAACGAAAUGAGUGCUUGAACCUUAAAGGAGAGAAGCUGGACUACAAGACAUGUGAGUCUCUAGAGGAGAUCUUUAAAAGAGUGCAGUUUAAAAUGGUGAACCUGGAACAGACCAACUUGGAUGAAGAUGGGGCCUCUGCAUUAUUCGAUAUGAUUGAGUAUUAUGAGUCUGCAACUCACCUCAACAUUUCUUGCAACAAGCACAUGGGCACACGGGGCUGGCAGGCUGCCGCGCACAUGAUGAGGAAGACAAGUUCACUACAGUAUCUGGAUGCAAAGAACACUCCACUGCUGGACUACUCUGCUCCAUUUGUAGCCCGAGCUCUGCGCAUCAGCGGCAGCCUCACAAUUCUACACCUGGAGACCACUGGCCUAUCUGGACGCCCACUUAUGCUACUGGCUACUGCUCUAAAGAUGAACAUGAACCUGCGUGAACUCUACCUAGCUGAGAACAAGCUGAAUGGGCAGCAUGACUCAGCUCAACUGGGCAACUUGCUGAAAUUCAACUACAACAUUCAGAUCCUGGACCUGAGGAACAAUCAUAUAGUCGACUCAGGGUUGGCAUAUAUAUGUGAAGGACUGAGGGAGCAGAGGAAAGGUUUGGUGACGCUAGUUCUCUGGAACAACCAGCUAACACAUAAUGGCAUGAGUUACCUCGCUGCUGCAUUGCCAUGCACUCAGAGUCUGGAGACUCUGAUCCUCGGGCAUAAUGCAAUUGGCACAGAAGGGGUGCUCAAACUGAAGGAAGGGCUGAUAGCAAACCGCUCCAUCCUCCGCCUUGACCUGACAUCAACCAAGCUUACGUGUGAAGGGGCCAUUGCUGUAGCGGAGUUUAUUGCAGAGAGCCCACGGCUAAUACGCCUGAAUCUGCAGGAAAAUGACAUUAAGACCGGUGGACUUAUGGCCCUCUCAUUAGCCUUAAAGGUUAACACCUCGCUACUCCGCCUUGACCUUGACCGAGAACCCAAGAAAGAGACGUUAAAGAGUUUUAUUGAGACCCAGCGCAACCUCUUGACCGAGAUCCAGAACGGGUGUAAGCGGAAUUUCGCCCUGGCUAAAGAGAAGGAAGACUCGCAGCAGCAGAUGAGGCAGUCAGUCUCCAUGGCUGAAAUUGCCACAGAGGACCCAGCUCCUGUGGAAGAGGAGGAAGAGCCAGCAGCAGCUAAGGAAGUAACUAGAUGUGAAGAUGGUGAUCAAGAGGAGGGUGAGAAGCCAGCCCAAAGCCAGGAGGACAAAGAUAAUACCACAGCCUUGCAGGAUGAUUCGGAUACGGAUUCUGAUACUGACGAUGAAAACGAUGCCGAAGAGUCAAAAUCAUUGGACCAGUCAUCAGCACUUAACCAAACCGUACCCCAGGUAUCAGCUGUAACCCCAGUCCUCAGUGCCUCUCAGACUCCGCCUCCUCCAUCAACUAACUCCACCACCGAGGCAACAAACAAAGGGAUUGCAGUAACUAAGGCAAAUGAGCCCACAGGCUCACCAGCGUCACCCCGGCGCUGCAUAUCUGUAUCCAGCCCUGGCAGGGGGCAUAAAAUCUUCAUGGUAACCCGUGUUGAGAGUCCCCCUGAACAGCAGCCUGUGGGUCUUCAGGAGUUUAAACCUAAAUCACAAUUUGAAUCGUGUUCUCAAACGGCUAAAGAAAACAUUGUAGCCUCUUCACCCCUAAUAGCCCAGCAGACUACAGAGAAUUCUACUUCAGCUCAACAGACCUCACAAAUAUGCAACAUCACAGAGUCUAAACUGACAACGCUAGCAGAACCUGCAUCACAGUCAGAUGAUCCACAUCAGCAAGCACUAGGACCAACACAGACCACCACAGAGCAGGAGUCUUCUACUAUUAGCAAUACUGAGGCAACAGUACAGGAGGUACGGCCACUGAAAGUGCAAUCCCAUGAGGAAAACUCAGAAAUACUCAAAAAGCAUGCUACAGUCCCCACUGAGCACCUUAACCAGCAUACCUGUACACCAGAAGCCACACCUACAGUGGAGAACACCUCUACGGUUGGGCCUUUUAUAGACAGCACUGAGAAUGAACCAGACCAGGAGGAACAUUGUAGCUAUAAGGCAGCUCAGCCUGUCCCUUCUUUUUCCGAGCAGCAAUCUGAAAUCAACGGUGAAGUACAAGAAGUAAGUGGUGGCUGUAGCAUAGAGCCACAAGCAUCAGACCAACCAGACCUAACAGGAGAUACUGAGCCACACACAGAGGUAGAACAUGACAGUACAGAGCAGAUGGAUAUAGAAGACUCACUGGAACAGGAUUUGCACACAGAGCAGCCAGAACCAGCUUCAACAAACAGCUUUUCUUCGUCUCCACAGCUUUUAACAGAUGAGGCUGAGAGUUUUGCCACGCAAUCAACAGCGGGUCUCACAUUGCCUAAUGGCCUCAAGCCAGAGUUCGCCCUGCACCUGCUGGAGCCAGAAGCACCCAAAGCGGCCUGCUGCGUCAUGGAACACAUGAGUGUGACAGCGGAGCUGAGUUGUGGACAGGAUCUGGAGGAGCUGCUCCUAGAGGCCAGUCUGGAUACAAGCAGAGAUGCACCUUAGUGCUGUAGCUAUGGAUCCACUCGAGAGAUGAAUGAGUCUGUAUGCACCACUGGGUCUGGAAUAUCCCACUCCCAUACCUACUGUACUACAACAUUCACAGCCAUUUCCCACCAAUCCAAACUCUUACAAAUGAUUCAGACACAAAGAUAAAAAAUAUAAAUAAACAAUCUAGAUAUCAGAUAAUCGUAUGAAACAUAAAUGUUUAACAGCGUUUUCUUUUAGCCACUCUGAUAAUCUGAUCAAAGGAUCAUUUCAGGCUGAACUUAUGUUCCUACAUUCCUCUCUAUCUUAAUUCCUUUGGAAUUGAAAAGAACAGGAGCCAGGCAGAAACCAAAGACAGACACACGUGCACCGACUCUCCUGUUCCACCACGUCCAGCUUUCUGGUGCCGUCAUGUGGACUCCUCCAUCUACAGCAGGAUAAAGGCCGUCCUUUCUGAAUGGUUCCAAACCAUCCUACCAGUAUCGGAUUUAGUGGGACAUUGAAUCAGUUUCAUCAGACUGCAGUUUCACUGGAAUGAUUGGGAAGCAGGAAUGUUGAUGCUGGCUCAGUGUGUUUGCAGACGUGUCUCAUAUCAGUCUGUUUAUGAGGGGGUGAACCUGCCGUAGGUUCCCUGCUGUUCCCCUGUUCCUGCUGACUUGGGUCCCUCCCAGAAACCGUUUUGGAGUCUGCCUAGCUGUGUAUUAUGGUUUUUUUUCUUUUCACAUUAUGAUCUUCCGUGCUUCAUUUCUAACCUCUAAAGCCUUCUGGAAAUCCAGGUGAAUGUUAAGGGGUUCAGCUUUCUUUUGCGCUCUGGCAGGAUUUCUGAAUAUUCGUAGCGAAACUGCUGAAUUUUCUGGAUACUUUAACCAUUAGUUAUAUUUUCCAUCAGUGAAUUUUAUUUUCUGGUUCACUUAUAUGAAGAAAACAACACAAAGGAUUUCAAAGGGUUACAGAAACGUGUUCGUAGCUCGUGUUUUAGACUUUCCUGCCUUCCUGCCUUUCACCCUGUGUGCCACCACAGUUCCACCCGACGUCAGGUUCCAAAUCAUUGCCUUUAAGCGUUCUUCUCUUUAAUUUUGCUGCUUUGAGAAAUCAUUAGUUUCUAUUUAUUUUAUUGAUAUAUAAACGUAUGAGCAUUUUUUUUUUUUUGAGUAAUUCAACCUAUUUUUUUCUUGUCUUUUAUCAUUUGUUACUGAGGGGUUUGUUUUUUUAAAGGUUCCCCAUAUUGGUGUAUAUUUUCAGAUCAUAUAAAGAAAAAAUUCUAAUUUUUUAAGGCUAGGGUGGAUUUUUUCGGUUUAAGUUGAUUAUAAAUAUGUAUAAAUGGGAAAUUGAACUUACGGGAAAGUGCAGUUUUUGAAAGACAAUACAGAAAUUUUGGGGAGACUGGAAAAGCUUUGCACUUGUAAGGACAAGGCUAAAUAAAUUAUAAAGCAAACACUACUUUGGGCUGACACUACAGCCAACAGAGGCCAGAGACCAAAAUAAUCCCCAAAAAGAUGGUUAGUGCUGGUAUACUUUAUAAUUUAUUUCUCUAGUCUUUGACAGGCGUAUGUCUUGAUGUCUUGGCUGCUAUGAGUGUGUAGUAUGAAUGAGAUGUGACUGAUGUAUUCAGGAAUCUUGCACCACAAUAGGUUGACUUCUAUAUCAAGAUCAUUAUUCCAAAAGAAAUAAAUGAUGCUUCUUUCUUGCCCCACCCAAUGUUUGUUAUACCUUCAUUUUUAAUAGUUUUUAAAUGACCUGUUCAUUUACUCAGACAUGUGCUGAUAAUCACAAACAGAUGUGUAUGACGACUUUUGUUUGUUUCUCAAAUAAAUGCAUGUAAUUACAAAAUUAAAA